AUGACGGCCAAGUUCAUAAUUAAUGAUGACAAACUUCAACUAAGCUUAAAUAUGUUUAAAAUGAACACUUCUAAUUAUGUACCUCAUGAAAACCACUCGAAUGCGAUUUAUAAUCAUAAAGAGAAAGUCAAAGCCAUACGACAACGACUAAUAUUUAUGAUAAACUGUAUAAAGAAGGAAGAAAUGUGGACUACAAUUUAUCGAUGA